GCGUCAUAACAAUGCAAGUUUGCUGACCGUUUGUUUUCAAUGUGUUUUUAAUUUUAUGAUUUUAUACCAAAUGCAAUUUGAGAAAUCCAAAAAUGCAUCGACAAGAUAUGGAACAAAUUCUCAACAAAGUGCAGUACUCGACGUCAUGCCAUCAAAAAUGUGUAAUACUUUUAACGGCAUUGUAUAAAGCGACACUUCAAAGUGGGUUCAUUCCACUGUUCUUGGAACUCCUGCAACUUACGAUCCAGAGACCAUCAGAAAACAAUAUUUACACAACAAGAGUGUUACGUUUUUUGUCUCACUUCUGCGCUGACGUUACCAAAACUGAGUCAAAAGAGACCGAGACUCAUUCUUUUCUCACCAUMAUCAUGAACAAAGUGUUCCAGUUGAGUCAUUUAGAAGAAUACAAUAUUAGAUACAAUUCUUGUUAUUUUAUUUCAAGAGUUCUCCAGGAUAUUGGUGGAGAAGUACAACUAGAUGUAGAACUCAUUGAUGGAAUACAGUCUACGUUACUUGAACGGAUGCAGGAAACUAAAGUAUCCAUUCGUUUAGUAACGAUGUCAGCCCUCGUCAGGUUGCAAGACCCUGGAAACCCGGAAUGUCCUGUUAUGAAAGCUUAUACAGAGGCUUUAUGUAGCAGUAGUGCAAGCGUGAGAAAAGAUGCACUUGCACACAUAGCACCAAAUAGGGAGACUAUAGACAAAAUAAAAGAAAGAGUUAAAGAUGUUGAUCCAUCUGUUCGUGAAGCUGCCUUUCAUCGAUGUGGCGACAUUAGUCCACAAUUUUUGAGAAUUGUGGAUAAACAUAUGAUUUUAAUGUGCGGAUUCAAAGAAGCCCAUCAGAAAGUGAAAACCGUCUUCUAUGACCAUCUGUUGCCAAAAUGGUUAACAGAUUACAAUAAUAAUUAUUUGAGGUUUAUAGCUGCUUUGAAACUUAGCACCGUUGAAGAAGAUAUGGAUCAACUGGUGUUUUUAAGCAAAAAAUUAAUAAAGGAAUUUUACAACAAACAUUCAAUUUAUGAUCUGUUAGCACAUUUGCCAAUCAAUGGGGACAAGCUGAUCAACACUGAAGACCUAUCAAAUGAAGUAACUUUGUUCUGGAAUAUUUUAGUUGAGCUCUUACGUGACUCUGAGGAUGUGGAUGAACACCUGAAUAGUAUUUUACCAGACUUGACUCCGUUUUGUAACUACAUUGGAAGGAUAAUUUCCAUUAAAUCUACUGAACAAAUGGACGAGUGGAAGAGUCUUGAGUACCAAUUUGAUCUUUUAAAUUUAUUCGGGAUCGCAGAAAAUUACGAUUACUCCGAUGAGGUUGGUAAACGUACGAUGCACGCUCUUACAAACAAUCUGUUACAAAGUCACAGAUUUACUCCGAAAUUGACCGAAAAAUUAGUGUCGCUAGCUCACAAAUGCAGCAGUACAGUUGAAUUUUUCAUAAAUGAUAUGUGCCAAAUCAUUUCCGAAAUAAGAGAACCGUUGAUAGAACAACCUUCCUCGCAGGACCAACAGAGGGAAAAUGCGUUUAAGGCGUCCAAAUUGCGGGUGCGAAUCAAUGUGUUCCAAGAAGAACACAACGAGGCCAUCGAGGAACGUGACUAUGAAAGAGUCUUGAUUCUCGAAAAUGAGUUGGUCAAGUGCAAGCAACAAUUAGAGGAGUUACAGAAUGAAGUUAAUGUGGAAAAAGUCCGAGUCAUAAAGUCGGAUGACGAGACGUUGUGUUGUUGUUUGGAUAUUGUGACAAACGUUCUUGCAUUGCCGGCUGUGACAAAAUUGACACCGUCAUUGGUCGCGUGUAGGGAUAAUUUUUUGAUACCAUUGAUCAAGAACACGAACCCAAACAUACAUUGGAGAAUUAUAAAGUGUUUGGGUUUGUUUUCGUUGGUCGAUAAGGAGACGGCUAAUGUGUACGCAAAGAUUGUUUCUAUUCCGAUUGCUACUUAUCGAUCCGUUGAAAUACAUCAUGUUGCGGCAUUGAUCCAAUCCAUGAUGGCAACACAAGAUUUAGUGAUCAAAUACGGUAUUGAAAUUAUAAGUGGUGAAGAGUUGUCAGCUUCUGAUUCGACUUCUGAUCAAGAUUUACAAAAACGAAAACUUUAUUCAGCCGACAACUACACGAAAGAAUCUUACAAAAUUGACAAAAUAACAAUUCCGUACCUUUUUGAUAUAUUUUUAGACAUGUUGGAUGACGAGAGUGAUGAUGUUCGUUAUCAAGCCGUUCAUUUAUUGGGGAUUUUGGUUAAAAUAUUUCCAAUAACUCCAAAUGUACUUUCUAGGAUUUUGCUCAAAUGGUACAAUCCUUUAACCGAGAAAUUUGAUAGUCAUCUGCAAGUUGCUUUAGGGUUGGUGAUAAACCAAGUCUUUCAGUGCAGAGAGUUUGGUGAAAUCAUAAAAGAGUCAAUUUUACCAACACUAACAACUUUAAUUCGGGCCCCAAGAACCAGCCCUUUGGUCGAUGUCGAUACUGAUAACGUUUUGAAGUUUUUCUCUGAAAUGGUGAAUAUCACCGUGUCAAAUAACAGUUGUAAAAUGCUAGCUUUGGAUAUUUGUAUAAAAAUAGCGGAAAAUCCAAAAGAUCGUAUCGUCCCCCUUCUUGUAAAGUUGUUGUGUCUCUUAGAACUGAAUCAAGAGGAGGAUCUGACUGAAAUUAUAGAACGGAGUGAAACUCUUUUAGAGACUUUCAAAGAUAAAUCAUUAAAAAGGCACAUUGAAAAAUUUAUUGAGAAAAAUCGAAAUAAAGAGAAUCGAGACGUGAAUAACUUAGAAAGUACAAAUGGGUCUGAAAUGCAAGAAACGAACAUUUUAAGGGAAAUUCCGGUGGACAAUGAACACAAUUGUUCAACAGUAUCACAAACUAAAAGACGAAAAAGUCGUAUUAGUAAGGAGUGUGUGGUACUUUUAGAAAAGUUAAAUGAACCAAAACCUGCCGACGAAACGACUCUUUACACAAUUUAUGAAGCGAGUAUGGAGAUGGAGGUGGACGAUUCUUUAAUUAUUGAAACUCCCACAACAACUUCAAAAAAUUCGAGUGGCCGAAGUAUUAAUGUUGUAAUUUCUGAAACCUCUGAAUCGGAUGAUUAUGGAGUGAACACGAGGCGGUCAAAGAGAUGCAGAAAAAAGAGAAAAGGAUACAAAUUAUUAAAUUUUUUAUCCACAACCAGUCUAUUAUUAGAUCAUAAUACCACUACUAGGAGACGUCAUAUGAUAUCAAUAAAACACACGGGUAUUAUAAAAAAAAAAUUAUUUAUUUAGUUCUGUACUUUUAAG